CGCCCCUUCCCGCGCAGCAUGGAGGGGCCCGAGGAGAAGGCCAAGUGGAUGGAGGAGGCCAUGCGCAUGGCCAAAGAUGCCCUAGAAAAUAUUGAAGUUCCUGUUGGCUGCCUUAUGGUCUAUAACAAUGAAGUUGUGGGGAAAGGAAGAAAUGAAGUUAAUCAAACCAAAAAUGCUACUCGACAUGCAGAAAUGGUAGCCAUCGACCAAGUCCUAGAUUGGUGCCAUCAAAAUGGCAAGAGUCCAUCUGACGUAUUGGAACACACUGUUCUGUAUGUCACCGUGGAACCCUGUAUCAUGUGUGCAGCUGCUCUGCGCCUGAUGAAAAUCCCACUGGUUGUGUAUGGCUGUCAGAAUGAACGCUUUGGUGGUUGUGGCUCCAUUCUAAAUAUUGCUUCUGCCGAUUUACCCAACACGGGAACACCGUUUCAGUGCAUUCCUGGAUAUCGGGCCGAGGAAGCAGUGGAAAUGUUAAAGACCUUCUAUAAACAAGAGAAUCCAAAUGCACCCAAAUCAAAAGUUCGGAAAAAGGAAAACCGGAAAUCUUGACGUUACUCUUAUGGAAGACUGAGGAUGAAAUUCAUAACUUUAUAUAUUGUCCUCAACCCAUGAGAAGGGGUUCUCCCUUUAUAUGCUCUGUGAAGAGAACAAAUGACAUUUUUGUAUGGUCUAUCAAUUGUCAACUACCAUCUGCCCUUCUACACAAUGAAAGAAUGUUUCAAGAAGGGAAGUUUUAGAAAUCAGCAAACA